AUGUCUAUCCCGGAUCGGCUGUGGUACUUCGUGGCAACCUUGAUCGCGUGGGCAUAUUUCGCUGAAGAGAGCAGCGACUCCCCGGUGCUGCGGCGACCCUCCUGGGCGCCAGUGUGGCUCCUGCGCGGAGCACGGAAGUGGUGUCGCGUGUUCAUUUUCUCGUUGACGGUCCUGGGUAUGCUCCUUGCCACCGACUUGGUGGAGGUGUUUUGGCUCCGAGCAGCAUACUGCGUUUUCGUACUCCUCGCAGACUUCGUGGCUUUCGCGGCUUACGGCGGUCACACGGGCUUUGUCUUCCUUUACACAACUCUCGCCAUGGUUUUGCCCGCUGGCAGUGCGCGAGCUGGGGUCCUGCGGCUCAUUGUGGCACACCAGCUGGGCUCUCCGGCCCUCAACAAGCUGCGGAUUGGUGGCUGGAAGUGGCUGGAUCCAAGUACGCUGGAGUCGCACAUACGCUUUGCCCGAGAUCAGGAGUUACCCUUCAAACCGCACUGCGUCGUGGAGCCGCCGUGGAUGAGACAGCAUUGGAUGAUGGACUUGUGCCUUCGUCACCCAUCGCUGUUGGCCCUACUGCAUUGGGCAGGCCUGGCCAUGCAGUUCCUCGUAGUGCUCGCCUGCUUGCUGGGCGGCCAAGUGGCCCUUUAUUUAGCCUGCGCUGCGGCUUGCGGCUUUCAUGUGUUCGCGGCUCCUCUGCUGGGAGUUGUCUUCCCCUUCUCCAUCCCCUGCUACAUGCUGGCCCUCCUCCCCAGCUCUGCACAUGACGUUGCUUGCUUGUGGAGCAUCCCCGCUCUCGUGACGGCCCUGCUCCUGGGCGGUACCACCGUCUUCGCCACCGAGGAUUGGCCGCUCAACGGGCUGGCGCUGUUCCCGUACAAUGCGGAGCAGAUGCAGAUUCUGGAGUCGAUCUUUGGCCGGUAUUUGCUGGCACACUCCGAGGGGGAGCCGCGGGCAUCUGGGAUCUGCCUUACGGAGCUUUGUGUGAGCAUAUGCCCUGCAAACCUGUAUCCGAGUCACCUCAAAGCGCUUGGCGGUGCCUCCUUCUCUUCUGCAGAGUCAUUGCUAAGCGAUCAAAGCGAUCAAGUUGCAGCAAAGCUGUCUGCAUGGCUACGCCGCAGUCGUCGCUUCAUCGAUGAGCGUGCAGACGGCCAACCGGGCCGUUGUUUUGAUGAUGUGGUGGUCGCCUCGACUUCAGACACCUGA